GUCCAGCAUGGACUGGGGCAGCGAGCUGUGGGAUCAGUUUGACACCAUCGAGCGCCACACGCAGUGGGGCCUGGACCUGGUGGAGAAAUAUGUCAAGUUUGUGAAGGAGCGGACGGAGAUCGAGCAGGCGUACGCCAAGCAGCUGAGGAAUCUUGUAAAAAAGCAUCUUCCCAAGAGGACGGCGCGGGAAGACCCGGAGUCAAAGUUCUGCCAGUACCAGGCCUUCCUGCAGGUGGUGCGGGAACUGAAUGACUUUGCAGGGCAGCGGGAGGUGGUCGCCGAGACCCUCGUGACGCGGAUAUGCGUGGAGCUCGCCAAGUACUCUCAGGAGCUCAAGCAGGAGAGAAAAUCGCACUUGCAAGAAGGCCGAAGGGCUCAGCAGCAGCUGGAGAAUUCCUUCAAGCAACUUGAAAAUAGCAAACGCAAGUUUGAACGUGACUGCAGGGAGGCGGAGAAGGCCGUGCUGACCGCUGAAAAACUGGACCAGGACCUCAACGCCACCAAAGCGGAUGUGGAAAAGGCCAAGCUGCAAGCAAACCUCCGUAGCCACAUGGCCGAGGAGAGUAAGAACGAGUACGCGUCCUGCUUGCAGAAGUUCAAUCACAACCAGAGCCAAUUCUACUUUCUGGAGAUGCCGCAGAUCUUCAACAAGCUGCAGGAGAUGGACGAGCAUCGAGUCCAGCGGCUCAAGGAGGGCUACAGCAUCUUCUCGGACACCGAGCAGCAGGUCAUGCCCAUCAUCGGCAAGUGCCUGGAGGGCAUGAAGGCGGCCGCGGACGUGGUGGAUGAGAAGAAUGACUCGCAAAUGUUGGUGGAGCUUCACAAAUCUGGCUUCGAGAGGCCGGGAGACAUGGAGUUCGAAGACUUCAGCCAGCCCAUGAACCGCACCUCAUCAGACAGCAGCCUGGGCACCCCCCGCGGCACCCUCGAUGGCCGGCUGGACCCCCGCCUGCUGGGCAAGAACAAGGUCAAGCGUUGGCCCUUCAGCAGGAAAAACAAGCUCCCGCCCCCUCCCCUCUCCCCCUUAAAUUGCCCCUCCUCCUCGUCUUCUCCCCCCUCCUCGUCCGCCAACAAUGGACCUCCGUCCCCCAAAUUCACCCGUGACCCCCUGUCUUACUGUUUGAACGAGAUCAAUAAGACAGUCAAACCCCGCAUCACGUCCUUCCGCAGCCUCAGACGGGGGACGGUGAUCACGGAAGACCUCAGCCACCUGCCUCCAGAGCAGAGGAGGAAAAAACUGCAGCAGAAGAUCGAAGAAAGGAACCGGGAGUUGCAGAAGGAGCUGGAUCAGAGGGAUGCCUUAAAUAAGAUGAAGGACGUUUAUCAAAAGACACCCCAGAUGGGAGACCCCAGCAGCUUGGAGCCGAAGAUCUCGGAGACCCUGGGCAACAUCGAGAGACUCCACCUCGAAAUCCAGAAGUAUGAAGCUUGGCUGGCAGACGCAGAGGGAAGGAUGCUGAAUAACCGCCCGGACACGGUCACACGGUAUAACCGCCACCUGGAUCACGCCAGCGCCCUGAACAAUAACAACUGUACACACGAGAAGGAAAGCCCGGACGCCCCCCUCCCUGAGGAGAGCCAGGACACCCUCAACCAGCCCAUAUACACGGAAUUCGACGAGGACUUUGAGGAGGACUUGGCCUCUCCGGUCGGCACGUGCGUGGCCAUGUACCAGUUUGAAGGUUCCAGCGAGGGCACCAUCUCCAUGCAGGAGGGCGAAGAGCUCAGUUUGAUGGAGGAGGACAAGGGGGACGGGUGGACCCGCGUCCGGCGGAGCAAAGGGGGCGAGGGCUACGUCCCCACCUCCUACCUGCGGGUCAGCCUAAACUGA